AGUGUCGAGUGUAACCACAGUGUGGCGCCAGUUGUUAAUAACCACCGGUUCAAAGGGAUAUAUUUGGUGGGAAAGUGCCCACUAAAGGACAAACUCAAUAACUCAAAAAUCCACUAAACCCCCCACUAAAAACAAUAAAAAACCACCAACACUACUAUUGUAGCGAGUGUUGUUUACAAAAGCAUUCUGGCAUUUGAUCAAAUUUCACUAGUGAAACUACCAAGUGCUACACUAUAUUUUAAACUGUUCUCAUUCCUCCACCGAGACGCCGGAUUUUUUGUUAUUGUGGAUUGAAACAAUUUUAUUCAAACAUUGAACAAUUGGACAAUUAGUGAUUAAUGAUAUGUUGUGAUCUGCACUGAUGGUGAAUUAGUGAGACACUUGGCGGCUUGUCUUUGGGGAAGGCAUAUUUUUCUCCUACAUAGACCACCUCCUCCAGAGGCUUUUUCCCCCUCUUCGGCGUUGGGUACCAACACAUUUGUAAGGGACACACUGAUUGGGAUACCAACAGUACCAGCAGCAGCAGCAGCACAGCAGCUUCAACCAGGCCGCAGACCGACAGCGGCGGCGUUCGAGUCAUAUCUCUCCGGAGGGCCACGCACCAAACAUUUUUUUUUUUUAAAUCGGUCUCGUACAAUAAAAGGCCAGGGUAGACAGUUCUCCCAAAAACCCUCCAACGCCUAGUGAAUCAACUGAGUGUUUACAACAGUGAAUGAGAAUUUGGAAAUAAAUAUUUAUUCACAACACCGAGUUAAACCGUCGGGGCUGUAUCACGCGCGUUCCAUCCAUUUGUUUUGAAUUAGAACGCAAAAAUUUCUUCACGUACGCUUGGUUACAUUCUUAGAAACAAAUUGACGACGAAUUUUGAUCGUUUGUUCGGGGUAACGCGAGUGUAAUUGAUGAGCAAGGAAGUAUACGAAUUUUAGUCAAAAAUUCAGUUAAUGUAAUUGAAGGAUUUAAUGAAAGAAGUGAAGGAAUUGAUGUCGAAUGAAUAUUAACCGGUGUGAUUUAUCGAUGCACACUUUGGAUUAAUCGAGAGUGGAUUAUUCUUGCACGGAUUAAAUGGAAUAUAUGAGUGCUUCAGAGUGUUGAUUACAGUGUGAAAUAUCACGAUUAUAUAUAUUCAUCCGUAAUCGAGUGUUUGUCGUGUGUUCGUUGGUUUGAGAGGAGUAGAAAAAUUACUUUGACCCCAAGGGAUAACUGAAGGGGGCCCUUAUGGCUGUGCACCGAGUACUUUGUUUGUUCGCCUCGAGGAGGUAACCCAAAAAGUGAAGAAAAAUUGAUUCAACAAUUAACAACUAUUGAGUUACUGUCAUCACGGUGGAUUGAACACGAAAAUUUGGAGGAAAAGAGGCUCCGUAGUUGGGAGCUUUUUCAUUUCUUCCAAUGAAAAUUCAUCUGUCAUCAAACAUGUGGACCACGAUGCUGGUGUGGACGGUGGCCGUUGUGCUUCUUCCGUCACCUCCAACGGUGAAUGCCUCAGGUGUUUUUGAGCUACGACUUAAGUCAUUUACCAAUGAAUAUGGCAAGGAUAAUACUGGAGAGUGUUGCUCCGGUAGUAAAUCGAAAACAGGAGAGUGCACUGGUGUGUGCAAAACAAGAUUUCGGGUGUGUUUGAAACAGUAUCAAGCCAAAAUUGAUACAACAUCACCGUGUACUUACGGCGAUGUCGUAACACCAGUAUUGGGUGGUAAUAUUGUUAAUCUCAGUCCGGACAUCGCUCUACCGAGCUUCACCAAUCCCAUCCGAUUUCCAUUCAACUUUUCGUGGCCGGGGACAUUCUCGCUGAUCGUAGAGGCAUACCACGAGGUUGAAAACAUUACGGGGCAUGCGCCUGAAAAAGUCUUGAUAAGGAGGUAUAUGGAUCAACGAUGGCUGGAUGUUGGCACUGAUUGGACACCAGCUGAGUAUUCUGACGGUGGUACACGUGUGACUUUCGCAUUCAGGGUUACUUGCAAGCCCCACAAUUAUGGAAAGGGUUGUGAGAAAAUAUGCAACCCCCGGGAUGACAUCUUUGGGCAUUACAGUUGCAGUCCAACGGGGGAGCGUGUGUGCUUGUCUGGAUGGAAAGGCGAUUACUGUGCUACUCCUCGCUGUCUGCCUGGAUGUGAUGAACAGCACGGACACUGCACAGCACCCAACGAGUGCAAAUGUAGUAAAGGCUGGAGUGGAGCAUUUUGCGAUCAAUGCAUGAGGUAUCCAGGAUGUUUGCACGGUACCUGUCAAAAACCAUGGGAGUGUCUGUGCAACGAAGGAUGGGGUGGGUUGUUCUGCAACCAGGAUCUGAACUACUGUACGAAUCACAAGCCAUGCCUCAAUGGUGGUACCUGCUUCAAUACCGGUCAGGGCUCAUAUACCUGCUCAUGUGCACCAGGCUUCAAUGGUACUGACUGUGAAAAACCCCUCAAGGAUUGUCACUCAAAGCCCUGUCUCAAUGGUGGCGCAUGUAGCAUGAUAAGCAAUAGUACACAACAGCAGCAGCAACAACAGCAUCAAGAGCGACGAAUUACAACAAGAUCUUAUGCAACGUCAAACACAAAUAUCACUGAUGCUGCAUUACCACCGAUUGCCUAUCGUUGCACAUGCCCACCAGGAUGGAGUGGUCGCCACUGUGAAAUAAGUUCUCGUUCGUGCAGAGAUUCACCAUGUCUUCAUGGUGCAACUUGCGUUGAUGACUCAUUGAAAGGUUAUACGUGCCAUUGUCCAUCAGGUUAUACUGGUACAGACUGUGAAGCCCAAAUAAACGAGUGUGCACCAAAUCCAUGUUUGAAUAAUGGCACAUGCUCAGAUGUUCUCAAUGGAUUUCGAUGCAGCUGUCGCACUGGAUUCACCGGCUCCCGAUGUGAGAUUGAUAUAAAUGAGUGUGAAAGUGAUCCAUGUUUGAAUGGUGGCACCUGCGUUGAUAAGGUGGGCGAAUACCGAUGUCAUUGUAUACCUGGUUUCACCGGAUCUGUGUGUCAAGACAAAGUUGAUUACUGCCGUGCUAAACCAUGUGCCAAUGGUGGUAAAUGCAUAUCCGGUACGAAUGACUACACAUGCAUAUGCAAGCCUGGAUUCACCAAUAAAGAUUGCAGUAUUGAGGUUGACGAGUGCAAAAGUGCGCCCUGUCAAAAUGGUGGUAUAUGUACAAAUCGUGUCAAUGAAUUUUUAUGCGAAUGCAAAAAAGGAUGGCGCGGUGGUACAUGCAGUGAGCCUGACACUGGUAUAGCUGUUGGACGGGCUGUUACAUCAGGUAAUAGUGGUAAUAAUGGUGUUCCACCAUCUGGGGCGAGUUACUGGUCUGGUAAUCUGUCAAGGCCCUCGGCCGAAGCAAGAGACGCUGGACUAACGACUGAGCACGUUGUUGUCAUCGCAACAUUGUCAACGGCAGUACCAGCGUUUGUUCUCGUUGCUGCUCUAGCUGUAAUGUGUAUGAAGAGAAGACAGAAACGUGAGCAGGCAAGAGCGGAUGAAGAAGCGAGACUGCAAAACGAGAGAAAUGCUGUUCACAGCAGUUUGAGUAAACGUAGUGCAUCGACUGGUUGUGGUGGUGGUAAUGGUAAUGGUGUCAGUAUGGUUGGACCUGGUGGUGUAUUCCAGAGCAGUGCUGGUUGUAGUAGUGGACUGGGUGGGCCUGGUACUGGUGUUUGUUCACUUGGUACUGGUGAUUCUCACAUGAUUAAAAAUACGUGGACAGCAAAUAAGAGUGUUAACAAUGCAACUGUAACGAGGGACGAUCUUGACUCGUCUUUUCAGACUGACAGUGGUCUUGAUAUAUCGUGCGGUGGUUACAAACCCGAGCCUGUUAUGUCGGACGGUAGGUCAAGAACUCCAAAACAAUUGAAUACUGAGGCUGCGGCCCAUCGUGCAUCACAUCAUUUUCAAAAAGAAAAAGACAUUUGUGCUAGUGUUGGUGUACUCGAUGCUAAGAGGACGUCAAUGUUCUCGAGUAAUGCGUUGGAUAGUUGUUGCGCAAGCAGCGAUCCUUCUUUAUUGAAGAGGCCAACAUUAACGGACAGUGGUGUCGGUGGGGGUGGGGGUGGUGGUGGUGUUGGCAGCGGGGGUGGUUGUGCCAGUGAAGCCAACUGCGGUGUUUAUGUUAUAGACGAUCAUUAUAGACACGAUGCAGCAUUAGCUGCCACGCUUGCCACCGAAGUGUAGUUGUGAAUUUUAAACAAUAUUUAUUAACUAAGGAUAUGAUGAUACAGAUGAAUUCUGAUGAAAAAGACUACUAUGAAUUUUCGUUCUCUCCAUUAUUACCAAUCAAUUGUAUUUAACAUCUUUAUCUUCAUUUGCUCCUUGAUUUUUGUCGGUAAUUGCCAUUUGUAUCAAAGCAACAUAUGCUAUUUAUCGAAAUUCAUCAUGCGAAUAUAUAUUCAUAUUUCUUUUUUGUCCAUUUAUCACGCUUAAUUUAUAUAUUCAAUGCGCCGAAGAGAUCAACGCGAAUAACUGGAUUAUUUCGUAUUCAAGGAUAGCAAAUAUGAUGUAGAAAUAGAGAGACGAAGAUAACAGUGAGAGAUGCUGUGUCGGCAAUGCUCAAAUGCAAAGCCAACUCCACGAUAAUCCCCCUCUACUCCUUUCACCUCUUAUGUUUUUUUCUCCCUCCCCACUUAGAUAUUUAAUAAUUAUUAUGCUCGAAGCAAGAAACUCUGUACAGAAUUAAUUUAUUAUAAUUGUUAUCUAUUAUUAUUAGUGGAUGUUCCUCUGUGCGUGCUGUUGGUAUUACUUUGUUGAGGUAAUAAGAAUGUAAUAUCGAUUGCUUCAUUAUUGAUAAUAACAAUAAUAUAUACGCAUUAUCAUUGUUCCAGUAAAUUAUGAAAAAAAAUUGUCUUUUUGUGAGAAGAGCGACCUCUUACGCGACAAAUUAUAGAAAUUGUAAAACGCUCGUAUUAAGUGAAUGUGAAUGUGUCUGUGAGAAUACAUUGUACAUGAGUAUAUAUGUCAUGUAAAUAGUUCAUUAUAUUCUUUUUUGUAUUUUUUUUUGCGUCAAAUAUGGAAAUUGUCUGAAUUUAUGUGUAUAUAUUUAUAUAUACAUUUGAAUUUCGUAAAAAUGGUUAUUUUUGCUCUCGGGAAAUGUCUUCUUUUUUUUUGAUGACCCAGUUUUUUAAUGCGCGUGGUCUUUACGGGUCAUAAAUUAGAUCUUGUGAGAACUUCAAUGGGGAAUUGAAUUGAUUCCUAUUGGAAGUCAUCCAAAUCACGAAAAAAUGUGUUCAAAACUUCAAUCGUAAUGCAGCAAACAAUCUGGAAUUUUCAGAUAUAGAAUUAUAGAAUCAUCUUGGAAAUAUGGCACUUGCAACCAUAGAAUUGUACUUAGUUAAUUCCUUGGUUGCAAGCAGAUUUAAUUGAAGGAUUUUUCAAAGGCCCUUUAUGAUUCUUUCCAUACAUAUUUUAUUUUUAUGUUUCCCUUUAUAUGCAGACAUUAGAACAACAACUGAUUUAUGUGAGAGAACGAUAAAAAAAAUGUUUCUGUCGCUUUCGACAACGAACGGCAAAAUGUGACUGUCUGGUAGUUUCCAAAAAUAAUUUGCAACGUAAAAAAAAAAAGAAAUGCAGUGACGUCCCCCCACCUUUUUCGUCUCUUCAGAUGAGACUAAAGCGGGAACGCCCCAGCAACUCUUUUCUCGAGACAUUGCCGGUCGUUUGCGAAACCUAGAAAUGAAAAAAAAAUUGAUAAAUAUAAGACAAAAUUAUAUUCAUUCAAUUGAAGCAUGCAGUUGAAUGAUCAACAGCUGAAAUCGUGUGAGGAACUUGAAAUGUGAAUUGUAUGGUUAGACCGCGCGUUAAUUAUGUGACUCAUGGGCAUUUGUAUGGUUCUGAUGGAAUGCAUGAUGGUGAGAAAGUCAGUCUUGAUGAGAUUACGAGUAUCAUAAAAUUUAUUUGUAUUUUUUAAAUUGCUGUUUCUGAUAUAUCUUUCUGUUUAUUUUUCUACGUAUUUUUCUGACAUAGAUAUAAUAAUGACGUAAGCCAUCAAGAUGCUCAGAUCAACAUCAUGAUUUCAUUUGGAAAAAUAUGAUAAUUAGAUGAAAUAAGAGCGAAUACAUUGGUUGAAUGGAUAAUAUUGUGGAUAAUUAUGUGUUUGUUAUCGCGCGAUUUAAUGUAUAAUUAUUUAUUUUGUCGAACUGAUUCAUUUACAAGCGUACAGCAUCGAAUGAAAACGCCGCAAAAGUGAAAAUUUAAAAAUGAGAAAUAAAAUAACAUUAUCAAUCAUGACAAAUAUUUUCUUUAAUAGACCUUUGUGACGAUUCAUAAAUUUGGGAAUUAUUACAAUGUCAUUCUUCUGUCAAAUUUAUUCAACUGGGGGGAAAAUAAAUUGCCAAAGUAGUAAAGAGUUAUCAAAGUUUUUCUGUCCAUUUUUUUUCUUUUUUCGAAAAAGUAAACGUACUUAAAGAUAGUUCUCAUGGAUUUCUAAUUAUCCAAUUUCUUGAGAAAAGUAAUCUGAAUUUUCUCCAUAUACGUUCACCUUCUAAUUAGGAAUAACGUGAAAUUGAUAAGCAGUAUAUCUACUGUGUUGUAAAUGUCCCAAUUUUAAUGAAAAGUGUAAAUUUCAAUUUUUUUGUACAUGAACAUUGCGCAAUUUUUAAGUGUUUCCCACUAGAUAUACGCUUUGCAGAAUAAAGUAAUGUAAAAAAACCGUGGAACUUUAUUUAUUCCAACUUGACGACUUUUACAAUCACCGUGAUACGUACUAGCAAGUUUAAUUCAAUUUAUACUUACAUGUCAAAUAAUUUCGACUAUACUCUCAGCUAAUUUUUCUAGAUAAUUACAUUUAAUUGACAAAUUGUAAUUAAUUGAAUCAUGGCACUGAAUAUGAUUGCAUAUGUGAAGACUUUUUCCGAACCAAGGGAUGAAUUUUUUGUAUAAAUUAGAAAGGAUCUCUAUAAAUCAUAGUAAUCGUACAAUCGAAAACUGAUAAUAAGAAUGUGUAUAUUUGAUGUAAUUGUCCAAUUCGAAUGAUAAUAUUAUAAUUAUAUUAUCGUGGCUUGAUCAGAUUGUACUAGAUUUUAAGCUCAUUAUAUUGUAAUUUAAGAAUUAAUUAUCAAUUGUCACUAUCAUCAAUCUAGUGUAUUAUUAAUAUUAUUAUAUUGUGUAAAUAUAUAAACAAUUGUCAAUACAAAUGAGAUUGGGAGAGAUGAGCAAG